UUUAUUGAAUUUAACUGAACCGUGUUCUCUUCUUGGGACAAAUAUUUCCAUUAACGAACAUCGUAGUAUAGUUUAUACAAUGUCUUCAAUCAUAAAAAUCCAUCAAUCUACUUUCACUGAACAGUAUUCACUGUUAUUAUCUCUUCUUCAGCAUCUCAUAACUCUGAUUCAAUUUUCUAACAGUGAUGUUUUAAAUACAAUUAAGAAGAAUAAGAACUUUCUAUAUGCUCUUGAAAACUUAUGCCUCUCAAAAAAUAAUAAUAUUUGUUUUCUUGCAAUCAAUACUGUAAUACAAUUAUGCCAGCUUGAACAGGAAGAAACUAAUAUGGAGCACAAACUUCUAUAUUCAAUAACAUUAAAAUGUGAAUAUAUUUUAAACGCCAUGACUAGACUAUGUCAAAAUUGCAUAAUAUCGUCUAUUACAUUAUUUAAAAUUAUUUUAAAAUAUUACGAAGAAGGUAUUUGUAAAUCGGUUGAAUUUACUGAAGCACCAAGUGUUGAUUUUUUAAAAACCAUUUUUAUGCAAUUAAAAACCAUUAUAUCUCAAGGAUUGGAUUGGGUGUCUGACCAGGCUUGGGAGUGCAUAACUACAAUACUGUCAACAAAACUUUUAAAACAUUUACAGGAACUAACAUAUCUUAAAAUUGAGUUCGCCACCGAUCCUUGGCUUAAUUUUAUACUUGUAAAUUCGAAAUCCUUUAGUGAAAGAUGUUUAGAAUUUUUAUAUAUUUGGUUAAAACAUUUUGUAAUAAAUGAUGAAAAUAAUUUCACAAUACGUGGAUCAAAAGUCUUAUGCCCAAGUCUCUUCGAUAGUACUAUAGUUCAUAUUUCAGUAACAUUAGUCAACCAAGUUUAUGAAAGAAGUGAAUUGAUAUCAAAAGCUAAAUUUAUUAUACAAUUGAUAUUGGAAAACAAAUUCUCGUUACCUAAUGAACUAGAGGGUAAAAUGAACGUAUUUUUAAAUUAAAACUAAUCGAUGACUACAAUCAUUUUAAAUAUUAAUUUUUUGAAACUAUUUUUAAAACUCGUAAGAGUUCAUUAAUAUUUUUUUUCAUGUAUCUAUAUUAUUAAACUUAUAGAAUUUUCUUUUAUGCACGUUUUGUAAGAAAUGCUCUUCUGAAUUGCAAUUAGUAAUUACUUAUAACCAAUGGGC